CCAUGGGUAGAGCCGGCCGUCGCAGCAUCCUGGUGUCGUCCGGCAGGCUUCUAGCCCUGUGGCUGCUGAUGAGCUUGUUCACGGGCUGCGCGGACACGUUCUACGUUCCCGGCGUGGCGCCGGUGGAGUUCAGCCGGGGUCAGCCCAUUGAGGUGAAGGCCGUCAAGAUGACAAGCACGCUGACGCAGCUGCCGUACGCCUACUACUCGCUCAACCUUUGCAAGCCCAAGAACGGCACACUCAACUACAAGUCUGAGAACCUUGGGGAGGUCCUCCGUGGGGACCGUAUUGUGAACACGCCCUACGAGGUUCACAUGGCGGUGGACCAGAAGUGCAAGCUGCUGUGCCACAUCAGAGACACUGACCCGCCGCCCAUCUCGUGGCAGCUGGAGGACUCGCAGACUGCCGCACAGCGCAUUCGGCAUCAGUACUUCGUCCACCUGCUUGCAGACAAUAUGCCAUGCGCGACACGCCUCGAAUCAUUUGACAGCAGUCAGCCGGUUUAUGAACAUGGCUACCGGCUUGGAUUUAUAGAGAAUGACAAGCCAUACAUCAACAACCACCUGAAACUCAUUUUGUACUAUCACACCGAGGACAACGAGCACUUCAGGGUUGUCGGCUUUGAAGUGGCCACCAAGAGCGUACACAAGGAUUCGAUGAAGUUCCACAAAGGCGGCUUCUGCGAGUUUGACCCGAGCCAGGCCAAGAAGCAGGAGGUGAAUGAGAACGGCAUCACGGACCUGUACUUCAGCUACGAGGUGGAGUGGAAGCAGAGCAGCAUCCGGUGGGCCUCCCGCUGGGACACCUACCUGGCCAUGACUGACGUCCAGAUCCACUGGUUCUCCAUCGUCAACUCGGUCAUCGUUGUCUUCUUCCUCUCGGGCAUGCUGACCAUGAUUAUCGUUAGGACGCUGCGAAGGGACAUUGCCCGAUACAACAAAGAUGAAGACUCGGAAGACGCGAUGGAGGAGACUGGCUGGAAACUGGUCCACGGCGACGUCUUUCGUCCGCCGCAGUACCCCAAGCUCUUCGUCGCCGUUGUUGGCAGCGGGAUUCAAAUCUUCUUCAUGAUGUUUAUCACAAUCGUCUUCGCCAUGCUGGGAAUGUUGUCACCAGCAUCUCGGGGAGCCUUGAUGACUGCCGCCAUCUUCCUCUACGUCUUUAUGGGCUUGUUUGCCGGCUACUUCUCGGCGCGCUUGUACAAGACCUUGCGGGGUGUCCAGUGGAGGAAAGCAGCCUUUCUGACAUCAAUCCUGUAUCCAGGCAUAGUGUUUGGAACGUGCUUCUUCCUCAAUUUCUUCAUCUGGGGAAAACACUCCUCAGGAGCGGUUCCUUUUGCCACCAUGGUGGCGCUGCUGUGCCUCUGGUUCGGCAUCUCAGUGCCCCUGGUGUUCCUGGGGUACUUCUUUGGGUACCGCAAGAAGCCCUACGAGCACCCUGUGCGCACCAACCAGAUUCCUCGGCAGGUGCCCGAGCAGGUCUGGUACAUGAACCCAGUCCUCUGCACACUGAUGGCAGGGAUCCUUCCUUUCGGAGCCAUGUUUAUUGAGCUCUUCUUCAUCUUUUCUGCCCUGUGGGAGAACCAGUUCUACUACCUGUUUGGAUUCCUCUUCCUCGUUUUCAUCAUCCUCAUAAUUUCCUGCUCACAGAUCUCCAUUGUGAUGGUGUAUUUCCAGCUCUGUGGUGAGAACUACCACUGGUGGUGGAGAUCGUUGAUAGUGUCCGGCGGAUCUGCACUCUACGUGUUUGCCUAUGCCGUAUUCUACUUUGCCACCAAGCUCGAGAUUACCGAGUUCAUUCCGACUCUCUUGUACUUCGGCUACACGUGCAUCAUGGUACUGACUUUCUGGCUCCUGACUGGAACCAUCGGUUUCUACGCUGCGUACUUCUUCCUCUGCAAGAUAUACGCGGCCGUCAAAAUCGACUGAGCCGCGCCGAUUACGUGCCUUGCCCACCGCCUGCACUGCGCGUCCACGUGCGCCGGCGGCAUCGUGCGGGGUGCGUCAACACCGACCCAAUCCUCCAUGUUUCUUGAGAAAUGGACGGAGGAGGUGAAGAACAUGCAAAAGAAAGUACUCUUAAACUGGAGAGGGUGUGAUGCGUGUGUGCCUGUGUUUGUGCAUUCAUGUGGAGGACAAGAGAUGGCCGAGAAGGUUCGACUACAGUUUGGCGCGAAGCAUAAGACGGACGUGCAUAAUGUGACAAGCACGUCGUACGGGUGAGGGAAGUGUGCAGUUUUUCUUUCCUGAUUUCAGUGUGAAUCCUCAUAGCUGUUGCUUGUUUUCGUUUUGCGCAUAAAUGUCAAUGGAUGAAUGGCUUGAGAGCGAGACAAAUACUAGCUGCGGCUUGCUUUGUACUGUUCCUUUCCGACUCCUUCAUUCCGUUUUUUUUUUUUUUUUUCUUCUUUUACCGAACAGCUCCACUUUCGUGGUAUUUACUGGUCACGAUCGUUAUUUGUCUAGCCGUCGGCCCGUCUCUUCCAGCUGCUGGACACUAGUCAGCAAAAACAGCGAGAAGCUCUCGACUUUGUGUACUUCCGAUGGCUCAUUCUGGAUUCGCUACCUCGUCGUGUUGCAAAGCACAUCACCGGGGUAGUGUCACGGUGGCCGUGAAUUCCUUGCUAUUACUGUUUUGUUUUCUUCAAACAGAAUGUGUCUCGUAACUAAUGCACUUGGUGCAUACUUACAGCACAAGUGGCCUCACGUGUUUUCCAGCCUCAACGAAAUUAAUUAGCGAUCUGUUUUGGCGAAGGUAUCGAAGGUAUGCUUGUAGUCGAUCGAUCUUCCCGAUGACAGCGUUUUGGAAUGCCUCAGCUGACGCAUCCUGCAGGCCUGCUGUGUAACACGGUCUCUGCUUUCCCAGAUGGAGCUUUGGAGGGGUGAUUAAGAAAUUUUUUUAGCAGUCUUUUCACUGCCGUCAGCUUGUGCUUUUCAAAGUCUUUUGCCCGAGUUGUUUUCACUGGUUGUUCUCUGUAAAGUGUAGAGUAACGGCUCAUUGCUGACUGCUGUCCUAACGAUCGCUGCACUGUCUCGUUCAGAUUUGCCGUUGCCGUAAUAGCUCGCGACUUGCUUGAAAUCGGUGUUGUCAGCAUUGCCAGUUGCAACAUUCAGACGACUGUGGCGCAACCAGAGUUCUAAUGGGGAAUUCAGAUGCUCUGGUGUUUGCUUUUAUUGCUUGGGCUGUUCCAUUUGGAUGUUAUUAUUUUUUUUUUCGCAACUAGUCACUUGCUUUCUAAAAGCACAACUUUGCAGCAAUAGUUCCACAAACACAGCUGAACAUGGAGGAUUAGAUUCUUUAAUGAAGCACUAAUUUUUUUCAAUUCCAUUACCUCACCCCUCACACACAUACAAAAAAAGAAAACACUGCUGCCCUUCUUUUGUGUAACCCUGAUUUUUUGGUGUUUCAGUCAUUGGUUAAAUGUUGCUUACCAUUUUUUUUAUGCACUGCACUGCUACUCCAAGUUCUCACGGCUCUGUUAUCAAAUCCAUUAGAAAAACUUCUGUUGUUUUGUCAUGCACAUUCGCUAGAUAGAACUUUUCCGCACCCUUUUUCUGCGACUUAACUGAAGGAUGGCCAUGAAGAAGCUUGCAGCCUUACCGAUUUUUUUUUCGCACAUCUGGGAAAGCAGCCCUUUGUCUCUGUGGCACUUAUACCAAAAUAUUUUUGCACACAUCUGUGGUUAGUCUGCCAGCAUCUCUUUUUCAGCAGUCUGUCCGCGGUGCCCUAACGCUUGAAUCUGAAUGUUUGUACUGUGAGUUGAAAGGACUCGUGCGUCGUAAACUAGGCACUUCCGUAAUGUAUGCUCUCAAGUGCCUAUCUGUAGGAGAAGUGAUUUUGCACCCGGAUGUCUUGAAAUGGCUUGACUUGGAUUCAGAAAUGAGAAUGUAGUGCUGAAAAGUCAAAUCGAGCAGCUUCCGGAGCCAAAGAAAAGUGUUUCUGUGCAGAGUAUAACCGUCAGAGGACUUAAAAUAUAGGGCAGCACUUAGUUUUGACUGUCAGAAUUUGUAGUAUCGGUACACUUUUGGGCGAGAUGGCAAAGUGUUUGGAGCUAUAUCCAGCAAACUAUAUUGGUGAGUGACUCAGCAGCUCUGGCUUAGGUCUCUGAAUCAUAUUCUGGGUACAUUAAGCACUAAUUGCUAUUUUAUUGUCUAGUGCUAAGGAUCUGCAAUGCACUGUUGAGAUAUAUAUUUUCCAAUUGUCUUAUUAUGUUGCAAAAUGAGUCAGCGUGUUUGUUUUGUGCUUACGUGGUGCUGUUUAUUUUGCGAAACCUCAUUACUAUUCACACGCAUCGACUUCUGUACUUUGUAAUUUAUGAUGUACAUAUUCCUUUGUAUCAAGGAAAACUUCUGAUUCCCUUGGCGUUUUUCA